UUGUUUAUUAUUGUUGCAAUUAUUGAACUUUUUAUUUUAUUAAAAAUUUGAAAAAUGUGUCUACAUGUGUUUUACAUUCUACAGUUACAGUAGUGUAUGAUAACAGUGAUAAUAUGAUAAAAUGCGUAGUCAGUGUCAUCAAUGUCCGCAAAAGCUGUGAAAUUGAAAUGGGGUCCCGCGUGGGGAAGGGAUGGCGAAUCCAUUUGUUAUUGGUGAUGAUCCUGAGAGGGGGAAGUCACCAUGUGGUCCGUCGACUGCAAUGUGCGAAGAGGAGUUUCUUCGGAAAUGUCCCGUCGGCCCAUCGGCACCGUUUUUUAAUUUAACAAUUUGUCCCUUUUUCCAAAAAUGAACACUUAGUGCAAUAUUUCAAGUAUGGCAGAGGAACGUGUUAAUUUAUCUAGUGAACCAAGUAUUGACUACCAUAUAGUGACACUUUUCGAAAAAUUGGAAGCUUUAAGAAAUGAUAAACCAAAUUCGCAAUUCACUUCAAAAAUAUCAAUUAAAGUUGAAAUUCGCACUUUAGAAUUUUGGAGAUCAGUGAUCUCCGAGUGUAUAGCUUCUUUUGUUUAUGUGUUUGUUGUGUGUGGUGCAAAAGCAGGUGCUUUCGAUGGAGGUUCGGCAACUACUUCUUUGGGAAUUCUUUCAACAGCACUAGCAGCUGGCUUCGCAAUGGUAUCAUUAACACAGUGCUUCGGACACAUAUCUGGGGCGCACAUAAACCCGGCUGUAACUAUAGCUAUGGGCAUUACGAAGAAUAUUUCUCUGUUGAGGACAACAAUGUUUAUUAUAGCACAAUGUGGGGGUGCUAUAGCCGGCGCCGCUUUUCUCUACGGAGUAUCCAUUCCUCGAAAUCAUGAAGAUCUCCCCAUGUCUCCACCGAUGAAAGAUGGGCCGUGGGAGAAAUUCGGUAACGAAUUUAUUCUAACAUUUGUGGUCGUUUUGGCCUACUUUGUCUCAAUGGAUGCCCAAAGAAGAUGGAUGGGGAUGUCCGCAAUUACGAUCGGGGCGACUUAUUCUGCUUGCUCUUUCGUAUCGCCGAUGCCGCAUCUGAAUCCUGCCCGCUCGCUUGGCCCGUCGUUUGUGUUGAAAAAGUGGGAUAAUCAUUGGGUUUAUUGGCUAGGGCCCAUAAUUGGAGGCGUUGCAGCUGGGUUAAUUCACGAAUAUAUUUUCAAUUCCAAACGUUCUAAACGUCAAAGCAGUUCAAGUGAUGGUGAUUCGUCCAGUAUCCAGUCAGAUGAAGACACUUAUGAUGAUUUAGAUAAACCUAAUGCUCCGAAAUACCAGGAAUCAACGUACACUUCUUAUAGAGCUGGGACGACCAAUGGAGCUACCGGUUAUUGUCCGAGUUUAACAUCAGCUAGUCUAUAUUCAACACCUGCUACAAAAUUAGAACGGGUUGAAUCUCUCUAUGGAGGGACAAGGUCGCUGUAUUGUAAAUCACCUCCACUCACUAGAGCGAAUUUAAAUCGUUCCCAGUCAGUUUAUACGAAAAACAGUGGUGGACCUCGUGAUAUUCUCCCAAAACCUGGUCCGUUGGUCCCCACACAGUCACUGUAUUCAAUAAAACUGAACCAACAAACUCAUGUUCAUAACCAAAACUUGCAAAAUCAGCUACAACAACGAUCCGAAAGUGUGUAUGGGAUGAGAGGAAACCCUCCGGGGAGUCUCUCGAGGUCAGAAACUGACAAAAACGCUUAUCCUAGUAAAAGUAAUGCACCGAAUAGUGAAGAAAAUAAAAAGAAUUCGAAGGUAAACAGGCCGGAGUCGAUGUAUGGGAUUAUGAGUUUGCAGCGAAGAGGGCAGUCAGCCCAGUCAGAUGAUUCGAGUUACGGGUCGUAUCAUGGACCAACACCUAGGAACAAUACGUAUCAUUCCAACACUUCGAGUUUCCAAAAUAAAGCCGGAAAUGCAGCCAGUUAUGUCACCAGGAAUGCCGGGCCGGUGGAGGGGAGACCGCCCCCCUCGACGAACCAACUCCUAACCACUACAGGAAACUCUACGUCAAAUUCGUACCAUCAUCAUCAACAUUCUCCUUCGUCACAAUAUUAACUUAACUUCGAGUAUUGAGAUUACCCGUUGUACAGCAUUUUACAAGUUUCAAUGUACCCAAAGAAUAGCGAAUAGUUAUUUUUUUAGAUUUUAGACUUAUGUGUAAGUAGUAUAAUUCAAUCUUUGCGAUAGCUACAUAGAAAAGUGUUCUUGUUUAGUAAGUAGUUAUUUUAUUUAUAAACAUGACUGAAACCAACAUGUCUCAAAUAAAACAUUUU